AUGAACCGCCGCCUCCUCUCCACCCUCGCCGUACCCAUCGGCGUAGCCCUGGCCGCGUCCGUGGCGGGGAGCCAGACCUUCUGCCAGGCAGCCGAGAUCCCCAGGGAGGAAAAGGCUGGCACGAAGGAGGCAAAGGUGACCAACACCAAGUGGUGGCUGAGCCACGAGGAGAAACACCCCACAAGGAAGAGCAAGCAGUGCAACCUGACUGGCUGGUGGGAGAACGAGCUGGGAUCCAGGAUGCAGGUGUCCACAGUUGACAGCGAGGGCAACUUCGCCGGCGAGUACUACACCGCUGUGUCGAGCGCCCAGAAACCCAUCAAGCCGUCCCCCCUCGUUGGCUCCCAGCACUUGGAUAAGGAUGGGCAGUGCACCUUUGGCUUCGUUGUCAACUGGAAGUUUUCUGACUCCACAGCUGUCUUUGUGGGCCAGUGCUUUUCUGGGGACAAUGGGGACGAUGUCCUGCAGACCUCUUGGCUGCUGCGGGAGAAGGUCGACUCCCUGCACAGUGACUGGAAAGCCACCAGGACUGGCCGCAACAUCUUCUCUCGGAUGGGCUGAAAGAAGGAGGGAGAACCCUCUCGCUCUAGCCAGGCUUGGGAGA